UGCACUGAUUUUGGACAGUUUUAAGCCAAAAACAUUUUUUUUCUUUUGUGAAAAAGUCACGUCUAAUGGAAGGUCAAAAGAACCUGGUGCUAUCAUCCUGGCUUCUUCCAUUGCAGUGGUGUCUGCUGCUUCUUCCCCUCACAGAAAGUUUGAAAGUAGUGCCAUGGAAACCAUGCACAGAUCUUCAUCCUCUGGACUUGCUGUCUCGUGUGUUGCCUCGUGACGGGAGGGCUCUGGCGGGGGUCCGUAUGGUACAGGCCGGAGAUGCCCGUGGACUGCAGAUUCUCAGUCCUUCACAGGAUCUCACCUUCCCAUCCUCUCAGCUCUUCAUCAACUGUCCUCUCUUCCCUGCUGAAUUCUCCAUAGUGGCCACUGUUAAAGUGCCAGACACCAGAGUAAAGAGAACUGAGUUUUUAUUCGCUGUGGUGAAGGAAGAUGUCAAUCAACUGCUGCUUGGUUUGCGUUUCUCUAAAGACAAAGUUCAUCUGCUCUAUCAAGGCUCAAUGGGGAGAGAGCGUCUCAGUUUUAAAAGAAUCCGACUGGCGGAUGACCGAUGGCACACUAUAGUGAUAUCCAUCAGCGGUCAUCAUGCCACACUGACCCUGGACUGCGGCAUCCCGCUGGAAUUACUUCAUACACAGCCGUUUCCCUCGGAUCUCAAUACCCACGGCUCCAGGUUCCACAUUGGAAGUCGAAAGCAGUGGAAAGGCCUGUUCACUGGUUUAUUACGGCAGCUCAUCCUGUUGCCCGGAUCAGACGCGACAUCACGGGUGUGUCCCUCAUCCAGACCCUCAUUGACUGAACUUUCUAUCCCUUCGAUUCUGUCGCAUUUGCCAGUCAAAAUCCCCUCGAAUGAUGUUCUCCUCUCUCCAUAUGAGACUGAGAUCCGUGUGACUCUGGGGACUAACCCAGCAUGCACUGGGGCGGAGCAGGGGCGACUCUGGUUCGAUACUCUGAAACGGGGUCUUUUCAUUUGCGAUGGUACACGCUGGCAGUCUAUGUCACAAGAGAAAGACAGACUGGACUAUGUAGAUGAUUAUCAAGAUCUAUACACCAGCUCAGAGACGCUGGACAUUGAGCUUUUCCAGAUCCCCUCUCUCGGCCUGUUCGCCGCUAUGGCACACAGAGCCACCAAACCGGGUUCUGCCAUCUACCGCUGGGACGGCGUUCACUUCCAGCUCUACCAGAACAUCAGCACCUUCAAAGCCCAGGCAUGGAAACAGUUCACUAUCGGUGGGAAGAUGUUCUUGGCAGUGUCGAACUCCAUGGGUCCAGCGAACGGAGGACGAGAGACGUCUGUGAUCUAUAGGUGGAGCAACAAGAGAUUGAAGUUCGUUCGUUAUCAGACUCUGGAGACACACAGCACUCGAGACUGGGAGGCCUUUCACAUCAAUAAUGAAGCUUUUCUAGCCGUGGCCAAUCACAGAACAGAGGAUGGAGAUCACAACAUUGACAGUGUUGUUUACAAGUGGAACCCAGACACCAAGACGUUUGAGGUGAACCAGACCAUCUCAACAUCAGGAGCGUACGACUGGGAGUUUUUCACCGUAGGGCCGUACCACUUCCUCGCGGUGGCCAACGCGUUUGAUGGCACAUCCACGCAAACCGAUUCGUCAAUCUAUGUCUGGCUCGGUGGAGCAUUUCAACUCUUUCAGAGUAUACGGACAUUCGGGGCUACGGACUGGGAAAUGUUUCAGAUUGGAAAAAGAGUGUUUCUAGCAGUUGCUAAUGGACACAUGUUGUGUGAGAGAGGACCGAGCCUUUAUGCCAUCAACUCAACUAUAUAUGAACUCGACAUGACAACCAAGAUGUUCCUCAAGUUCCAAGACAUCGUCACAUACAGUGCAGUGGACUGGGAGUUCUUCUCAAUCGGAGAUGAGCACUUCUUAGUAGUAGCCAACUCUUAUGAUGGAGCGUCCUACUCUUUGAACAGUGUGAUUUACAGGUGGCAGGGAUACGAGGGCUUUGUGCCGGUCCAUCGGUUACCCACUAUUGGCUGCAGUGACUGGGAGUUCUUUACCUCAACAGAAGGUUCAUUCCUGAUGUACUCUAGCGCCAAAGCACCUCUCUCCAAAGUCUUCAAGCUAAGGGUCCACUGAGGGUCCAAUCGAAGUCACAGACUCAAUGGUUUUCUAUGCAUCCUCAGCUGUGACAUUGCAAUGUCAGAGAGGCGAAUCUGAUUUACAAUGGAUUGAAGUUUGAGACUUUUGGAAAACUACCUCAUCUCCUUAAAAGGACUGUCGGCAUGCAUGGUAAAAAAUUCAGAGAUAACUCUGUCACAUGUGUUCAAUU